AUGCUUCGGCUUCCACCCACCGCCAUUGUUAUAGUUGCGUCUGAAGUAAGGGCCUACGAGGAGCGACGACAGUCUCGGCGCCAUGUCUUCCAACCAGGCAAUGACAUCAAGUCCGUAACCGAGGUUGAGAGCCAUGACCCAGAACGAACCUCACCAUCGCCAAGUGCCGAUGUGAAGAUUGAUGGUUCGGACACAAGCAACCUUCAGGAUGUUCUCGCAUCAUCUCCUGGCCCAUUCACCCUGGGAAGUGGCGGGCACGAUGAGCUGGCUGAAGCUUUGAAUAACCUUGCGCAAGGUCGUAGCAUAAUUCUCGAAAGUCCUUCGUUGCCUGUUCGUCUCAAAACCACGCGGCCAGAUGGGACCGUAUCUUUAUCAGAGCACAACAAUUCAUUAACCCUUGACAGUCCUCCCCCAGAGAACGCAGCGACCUUGUAUACGGUCGUCAAGGCAUGUGUCUUUCGAUAUGGCUUUGUCCAGGUCUUCUUUGCAGUCGGCGAUGCCUCGGUCGUUAUAUUCGCUCCCUCGGGUUUCUUGGGUGAGCACAAGGUCUUUGCAAAGACAGGAUAUUCAUCAUCGCCUGUUGCUAUGUCGCCAGGCAGCAAUUCUAGUGUGACAGUCCCACCAGAGACGCCGCCGCGCAGCUCAUCCCUUCAGGCGGGAAGCCGAGAGAGUUGGUCCUCAAGCGUCACUUCGGAACGCUUGGUUACCCGUUACGGCAGACCCCCAAUUGUCCUUUUGAGAUCUCCGGAAUCCAGUAGCCAUGCGGCGUUGAGAGCCUCGCAAUCGCAAGUUAGGGGAGAAUCGAGCGCGUCCCAUGCAAAUGUAACACAGCCGAGCUUGUCGUCAUCACUGCAACUAGACGGUAAUCACGACUUCCAAAUUUACAACGAUGAAAUGCCCGCAGCCGAGCAACCGCAAACGCCACAGAAUCUACCUGAGGCUCGGCACCGUGGUCGAUUGGGGGGUCCAUUCACAGCUCCCCUCACUCGGAUCGGUAUGGCGCAUGGUUCUGCGACAACAGCAGCUAGGGCCGCAAUCGCGAUUCUUACUCCUACCACUGUUAGCAGAGGAGAUCGAGCUCGACGGGAGCCGAGCCCGCCUGGUCUUAACACCCCGGGGUUUAGGGGUCUAUAUGGAGGAUUGGAGAACACCGACGACGCGGUUCUGCAUGAAGCCGGCUAUAGAAUGACAAGCCGCGACAGUAGGGACUUGGAAGCUGAGCGCAACCGAGAGGAGAGCCGCUGA